CGAAACGCCUGUCCCGCUUUCUUUCUCUCCUCUUGACACAGAAUCCUCCCAGCACUUUUUUCUCACUCUUUUUUGUAAUUAGCGCAGAAUCCCUCGAAAUCGCCUUUUUGCCAACACUCUACAACCAUGAUCGAAGCAGUUCUCGCCCAGGCCUCCAUCUUCAAGAAGAUCGUUGAGGCGCUCAAGGAGCUCAUCUCUGAGACCAACAUUGACUUCUCCGAGGCCGGCAUCAGCCUGCAGGCGAUGGACAGCUCGCACAUUGCGCUGUGCAACCUGCUGCUGCGCGACGACGGUUUCAAGUCGUACCGCUGCGACCGGGCGCUGACGCUGGGCGUGAACCUCAACUCGCUGAGCAAGCUGCUCAAGUGCGCUGGCAACGACGAUGAGAUGCGGAUUUUCGCUAACGACGACUCUGGUGCCGACCAGCUGAACUUUUCGUUCGAGAGCGCAAACAGCGAGCGCGUCAGCGAGUUCUCGCUCAAGCUGAUGGACAUUGACGCCGACAGCGUCGACAUCCCCGAUAUGGACUACCAGGCGAUUAUUGACAUGAGCUCGUCCGAGUUCUCGCGCAUCAUCCGCGAUCUCAGCAGCGUUGGCGAGGCUGUCUCCAUCGAUGCCACCAAGCAGGGCGUCAAGUUCUCGUCGGCGGGUGACGCCGGCAAGGGGAGCAUUCUGCUCAAGCACCAAAAGUCGGUCGAUGGCGACAGCGCCCUGGCCACGUCGAUUGAGAUCAACGAGCCUGUCAGCCACUCGCUUGCCUUGAAGUUCCUGUCGAGCUUUGCCAAGGCUGCGCCGCUCACCGACCGCGUCAGCAUCCACAUGACCGAGGAUGUCCCUGUCAUGUUCGAGUUCAAGAUCUCGGAGAUUGGCCACAUCCGCUUCUACCUGGCUCCCCAGAUCGACGACGAGGAGUAAGUGCUUUCAUUUGGAGGUGUGUUGAAGAACAAAAUAAAUGUAAUGGGUGUUUUCGAAACACAA